ACAGUAGCGGCGGGGCUGGCGGCCGUGGUGUUCGGGGUGCGCCAUGGAGGGGCUGGAAGGUGAGGUUGCAGUGCAAACUGGGGAUCUGCUGCCAUGUAAAAUUUGUGGAAGAACUUUCUUUCCAGCAGCACUGAAAAAGCAUGGACCCAUUUGCCAAAAAACUUCUGCCAAGAAGAGGAAGACAUUUGAUUCCAGCAGACAGAGAGCAGAAGGAACUGACAUUCCCACAGUAAAGCCUCUUAAGCCACGGCCAGAGCCACCCAAAAAACCUUCCAACUGGAGACGAAAGCAUGAGGAAUUUAUAGCAACUAUACGAGCAGCCAAAGGACUUAAUCUUAAAGAUGGAGGAAAACUCCCUCCUCCGCCUCCACCAUCAUAUGACCCUGAUUACAUUCAAUGUCCAUAUUGUCAGAGGAGAUUUAAUGAAAAUGCAGCUGACAGACACAUCAAUUUCUGUAAGGAGCAAGCAGCACGUAUCACUAAUAAAGGGAAACUGGCAGCUGAUACCAAAGGGAAGCUUCCUACUCGAACACAGUACAAACCUACUCCAGUUAAGAAGAUGCCCUCUGUAGGAUCAACGCCACCAUCAUCAUCACGCUUACCACAGCCAAGUGGUGUUAGCAAAACUGUUGUAGGUGCCUCUUCAGGUAAAGGACUUUCCUCACCUGGAUCCAGUGGGAGCAAAAUUCAGACGUUAUCACCAGCUCAUAAAAACUCACUGGGAAUGGUGAACCCACAAGCAGGAGGUGCAACAAAAACACGGACAUCAACCCCUCCUAGUGUGGCAAGAACCAUGAGCACAGGUGCUGUAACAAACAAAAGGAAAACUAGCAACUCAGAAUCAAGAUCUGAUGGGAAAAUUGGGUAUGACAGUGGAGACUGCUCAUCCGCAGUCAACGGAGGAAGUUCAAAAAGCAGCGAAGGAAAUUCAUCUGUACAGUUAUCAAAGUUCUGCCAUGAAUGUGGAACAAGGUACCCAGUGGAAUGGGCAAAGUUUUGCUGUGAGUGUGGAAUUCGAAGAAUGGUUGUGUGAAGCCAAUCUUAAAAGCAAAAAGAAAACGAGAAAUCGGAAGCAUCUGCUAUGUGCUGCUGCAUGGAAAGGUAGAACACUUCUUCCAGUUAGACUUCAUGCUGCAAACAUGUUGAAACAUCACUUUAUAAUUUUCUGAGUGCAAUCUUGUGGUUACACAGUUAUUUAUAAACAAAUAUAUAUACUGUAUAUAAGAACAGCAGGUACCAAAAACUGUGCCAUUCAAGGAAAUACUCUUUAGUCUCUGGAAAUAUUUAAAAAUAAGGUAAAAACACGUUAAGUAACUUAGGUAGCCAAAGUGGUUCAAUGUUUUCCCUGUAAAUCCCUCUAGAUUAAGGCUUAUUUAAAUCACUUAUAGGGUAAUACAAAUAGGGAACUAGCCAUGAGAACCUGGGCUUCAGUUUUCCUCUGGAGGUGUUUCCUUCAAAUGUGACAGUAAUUUUGAUUCUGUGUUCUAAGAGGAAACAACAUGAGCAGCUCCUCAAAUUCCUAGUUAAAAGUGCAAAAAGUCUGGAUCCCUUUAACAGUAAUAGCCUAAUUGGACUUUUCAGUUACUUCCUAGGAUUUUUUAAAGACUCAAAAUGGAAAAAUUACCUGACAGUUCUGUUCACAUUUAAGAAGAAAAGCAAAUUGUUGUUUUUUUUUUAUGGCUUUCCAUGUUCUGUUUUCCAGUAAGAACAUGUUAAUAUUUUUACAUAUUUACAAGGACAAAUAUGUUAUCAUCAUUUUAUUAAGUUCCUUUUGUUCAGAAAUACUUGUCCACCAUGACUAGCAAAACUAAAAGUUUUGUGUCUUUAAAGGUUUCCAAAGGUCCCAUUCCUUUAUUCUCUUCCCCCAUAUUCUAGAUGUUGAACUUUUAUUUUGAAAACAGCCUUCUUGAUCCAGUACAAAAAAAAUUGUCAUUGGAAGAGUAGAAUUUGGUGUAAGUAAUAACUACAUUUUUCUUACUCCUGUGCAAACAGCACAGUUCACAUAUAAGUGCUUAAUGCAGUAACUGUGCUCCAUAGGUCUACGUGUCAACACCUUACAUGUGGGGUUUUUUUGCGAUCUUGUGUGUUCUUGGGCUCUGAGCAGCAGCCUCUUCAAGGUAGUAACAAUAUUUGCAUUAAUUGAUUGGGAAAAAGGGUCAGAAGUUGUUGUUUGGUUUGGGUUUUUUUAUAAAUGACACAAGAUAUUAAAAUCAUUCACAAGGCAAAUCACUCAACUUGUAUCUGAACGUAGGAAUUUGUUUUGUGAUAUUCUGUUUUAAAGUACUGGCACCAUCCUAGUUACAUGUGAAAGAGCAAUCUGAAAGAACUUAAUUGUGCCUUUCCCACUAUAAAUACACUCUUUUUGUCAGAAAUUGUAGCUUUAAGCUCACAGACUCCAAUAGUAUCAACUUAUAUAAUGUCUUUGUAACUUACGCAAAAUCUCAUUUAGUGUUCUAUGAUCGUAUUAUGACCGUUGUUUGAAUUUUCAAAACUUGUGAUUACCAACAAUGGGGCCAAUUUAAAAAAAAAAAAAAAAUUAUUUAAGAAAAGCAUCUCCAGUGCAGGUACCAGUCUUGGAGAAUGAGAAGAGACCCUGUAGUCAUGUUGCAGGCCACAAACUAUUGAUGGUUUAGAGUUAGUUCAAUGGUGUGGAACUGUCUUACACUUUUAAUACAAUUUUUUUUUUGUAGGAAUUAUCCUUUCUUCAUUGUAGUUUUGUUUUAUUUUAAUUUAUGUAAGCUGGCUCCUGAGCAUGGUAGAAUGGCUGAUUGAUAAUGAUAGAACUGACCAAUUUUAGCUGAAGUAUGUUCUAGGCAGUUUAAGUUCUAGGAUCCAUAUUUCAGUACAUUCAUAUCUAAUUGAAAGAAGUUAGUCCUGCAUCCUCUGCAUAGAUAAGCCUGCUUUAGAAAAUUUGCCCUGUACAUCAGCAAGGGAGGUCUGCAGAGUGAAUUAUUGCAAGCUGAGUGUCCAUCAGUGUCCAUCUAGCAAAGCCGCAAGUUCUAAACACAUUUGAUCAGUUAGUGAAUCUACUGAUACAACAAUUCCUUUGUCUGACUUGAUGACUUUCCAGUUCUUGUUUCUGCUGAAAAAGUGAGUUUCGCCAUUUAUUGAAAAUGCUUUCUACCAAGAGAAAAUUAAGUAAAGGGUUAAGUAUCUUCCAGGUUUUACAGGGUUGGAGUAACUUUAGAAGAAACAUGGACUGUUUCUGCUUUGAGUUGUAGGUGGCAGGUAUCCUAGUUUUAAAUAAUUUCAUAAUGCAGUUACCAUAAUUUCUGCUUUUUGAGCUGUUUGUGUAACUCUUUACUUCAAAUGCAGCAUUCAGUAUAUUACUUGAAUGACACAGAAUUUAUUUGAUUUACACUUACAUGAUUCAUAGCAAGGACUAGAGAGAUGAUUAACCUAAAUGGAGAGAAGAAUUUUAGAAAGAUUCCCUGAACUUUUAAUUUGGCUUCACAAGAAGUCCUACAAAAACAUAAAUGACUACAGAUAGUAACAUCAGAUAAUGUCUGUGUAUUUGAAUCUACAAUAAAGAUAAGCAGACAAUGAAAAUAUAAUUGGUAAUGCAGGUUAUUUCUGUAUAUUGAGAUUAUGAGAGGCCUACAGAUUUUCCCGUUCAUUAACUAAUAUUGUUACUGAAUGUUAUAGACUUCUAGUCUUUGAUGUAUUACACAGGUUCUCAGCAAAGAAUACUGUGAAUUCUAUCUUAGUGAAAUCUUUUUUAAGAAGUAGUAAAUUUGUUUCAUUGUCCCCCUGCAAUGAGGGAAACAAAAUUGUGGUAUUUAAAGAAAAAAGAAACUGUUAAGGGAGAUGGGCUCAGGAAUUCUUAGGUACAUAACAUGUUAGAAAGUUCCCAAAUUUAGUUUAUUAAUGACCUUAUUCCAAACCCUCUUGCUAUGGUCUUCCCACUGCUUUUAUGUCUUGUUUUUUAUGGGAGGAAAAAGCAUAGAUACAUUUACUGAAGGGGAACAUACAUGUCUCAAGAAUCAAAAUACUGAUAGCUUUGAUGAUAAAACCCCAGAUGAACUAUGCAUUGCUGAUGCCCUACAUUCAUGAGUCUAAAUCUGGUUGCCUUUCUGACAUAUUCAACUUACAAGCCUAAACUCCUUAAGAGUUCAUCUGUAAAAUUAGGUUUAUAUGAUUACUCCAUUCAACAUCGGUCUUUUCAGUUCUCUGUGUGUAUUUAUAUAUAUGUAGGGUGUGUGCCUGAGCUUAAGCAGGGUUAAACAAAGGUGUUUUGUUGGAGCAAAGUUGAUACAAAAUAGAACUGAAUGCUACUGGAGGAUUGUGAAGCAUCAGACAGUAGACUAAUGUAGUUACUGUCCAUUUAAAAGUGAAAUUUAUUGAUGUGAUUAUUUUAAUGAUUUCUGUACCAAUGUCUGACCCUGUGACAGACAUUCUUUUACUGUCUGCCACUACAUCUUCCUAAUGUGCUUACUAGGAUUGAUCAAUUUAAAAGAAAAAAAUGAAAUAAAAUUUCCUCUACAGAUAGAAGGUUAAGGAUGUUUCUGAGGUCUAGAAUUCCCAUCUUUGAAGGUGUUUGCAUUCCUGUUCUGCUUUUGUGUAUAUCUGUUAUACAAGGGGCCAGAAAGGACUGCAGGAUCAUUGGAACUAUACUGUUAGAAAUGCUAUGGAGUUAUGAAAAAUACCAGCUUCAAUAGUAAAAAAGCAUAGCUUAAAGCUUAAUCUUAAUAUGAUGUGUCUUACACAGGUUUAUAUAUAUGCAUGAUACUUGCACCCUAGGUAGUAGUUUCAGAACUGGAAUCUCUAAAUAUACAGCAACUUCAGUGUAUGGUUAUAAGGAGAAUAGACCCUCAGUCCUACACACCACUCUGGGGAAGUGGGCAUGGAAAGGUGCUUUACCACCCUUUCACCUUGCACCUGUGAACUUAACAUUGAAGCAGAAGGUUUCAGAUUUGGGGAAGAGACUGGAAGAGCUGCAGGUCCCCCUGGAGCAGAUGUAAAGGCCAAGCCUGGGGGCUGCAGGCCCGGGGGGAGGCUCUGGCGAGCAGGAGCUCUCCAUGGUGCUGGGGGCACUGCAGCAGCUCCCCAGGCUCCAGGCUGGCAAGCCCAAAAUGGUCUUUAAAACCUCACCCAGUCUUCAGGCAUUGUGGAAGUUCUGUGUUACUCAGAGAGACUACCUCCUAAUUCACCACUGCAGCUGUGAGUCAGUGCCUGAAAUGCAGUGUGCAAAGAGAAGGGUUUCAUCACAUACACUCAGCAAAUCAGUGGAAGGAGGUAUGACUGCAGCAGCUUAAAUGCUAAUAAGCAAAGCCUAGCAGUGCACACUGAUGUUGGCUAUGUAGUUAGUCUGAUUAUUAAAAGAAAAGAAAAAAAAAGAUAUUGUUUAUGUAUUGCAAAGUUUUCCAAAAGUGCUGCUUCCCAUCACUUUGUCAGUGUAGAAUAUUCAUCUUUAGUGAAGUUGGUUUUAGUGACUGGUGGAAAUAGUUUUAUAGCCUUUCAAGUACAGCUUGUUCCAACUUGUGAUGGUUUUGUUGAUGGGUUGGUUUUUUUCAACUCACCGAGUAAGGUUUGACUUACCUAAUUGUGUUGAUGGAAGAAAUGUUAGGUGAAAGAUACCCUAGCUGUAUUCAGUGGUUACUUGGCUGGUAUUUUCUUUCCAAUAUUCACAGUGUUAGAGAUUAUUCUUGCAUACUGGUAUGUUUGGUAGGGUUUUUUUGGUUAUGUCGUUACAGAAUAUGCAUUUUUGGAGGACCCUACAUAGCCCCAUUCCAUUUCAUGUUGCCAGAAAACAGCCUAUUUAUUUUUUUCCCAAAAAAAAAAUAGUGUCUCUUCUAGACAAAAAUAAUAAGGAAUCAUAUUUCUCCAAUGUGAACAAUUGAGUCUGCAAAUCAAAUAUUCAGUGUAAUACAGAUGAAUGUUGAACUAAAGUUAUAAAUAGUAGUGCAUAGUUUACCCUCAUUCAAUAUUUAUAUUUGGAUUUCUGGCAGUAGUGUGAAUGGAUUUGGGUCCAGUCUGUAAAGUGCUGAGUAUUUUGUGACUGUUACAGUAUCUACUUUAUAAGAUUACUUUAACUCCUGGUGUUCAUUUUUCAUAUGAUACUUAUUAUGUAUCUUCAUAACUUUUACUUAUUGAUGUUCCAUGUUUUUAAAUGAACUGUUCAUUCAUGCAUUUGAGGUGAUUAAUUUUGGUCAGCACUGCAUUGAUUAUGUUUGCCUUGCCCCUCAGUACAUUGAAUAUUUGUGUUUGUGAACAUUUUGUGAAUUUUUGUUUGUUUGUUUGUUUGUUUUGCUUAUUUUUUGUUUUUUCAGAAUUCCUAAGUUUGUUUGCAUCUUAUUUGGUAUAUUAUGUUUUAUUUUAAACUAUCAGUUCUGAUUUAAUUAAUAAAUGUAAAUCACCACCUAAUGCUAAUUUGCCACUUGUUAACCAUAAAGCAAAUCUGCCAAUAAAACUUUUUAUGAUGCACACA